GGUCAACGUUGUGUUCAUCCUGUUAAUGAGGGCACCAGGCAGUGAUGGAGGCGGUGGUGAAUGAGGUAGUGUCUCCGGAGGACUUGUUGAAGUUUGAAAAGAAAUAUAAUGGAGAGUUCACCAAAGGGCAGGUCUCCAAAGGCACACAGUUUGAAUAUGCCUGGUGUCUCAUUAGAAGUAAAUAUUCCCCUGAUAUCAAGAAAGGCAUCUUGCUUCUUGAAGAGUUGGUGCCUAAGGGGACUAAGGACGAACUAAGAGAUUAUCUUUUCUACUUGGCGGUGGCAAAUUACAGAUUAAAGGAGUAUGAAAAAGGAUUAAAAUACAUCAGAACUUUACUGAAAAAUGAACCAAAUAACAACCAGGCUCUGGAGCUAGAAAAGCUAAUAAAUAAUGCAAUGAAAAAAGAUGGUCUGGUUGGCAUGGCGAUUGUUGGAGGGAUUGGACUUGGUGUGGCGGGACUGGCAGGCCUCAUAGGUUUGGCUGUGGCCAAAUCCAAAUCCUAAAAAAUACAAUUAAGUGGACAUCGGCUAUAUUUCCAUUUUUCCAGCUGCACAUCUAACUGAAGAUUUAAGUUAGACAAGACCAUAUUUUCCACAGACAGAGUGUUCAAAUCAUGGGAGUAUUUUUAUCUCCACUACGUGAAAUAAUUUAAAUCUGUUUAUAAUGUCUUGCAAAUCUCUUUCCCUGGUCGCUCCCUAUCAACCCAACAAUGCCAUCUUUGUAAAUUAUGUAUAGUGGCUGAGGAAGUCAAACACUGCUGUUUGGAUUAGUGGUCAAGUUACAUCAUUAGUGGUUUGGACACGCCUUUAUUAAUUAAUGUAAAACUAAAGAUAAAUAUGUUUUGAGUGAUUUAUUUAAAGAGCAACUAGCAACUUGAGAAAUACUCCACUUUUAAUGUAUACUUUUUGCUUUUUUGUUGAAUUAAAAAUGUGGGAUUAAUAAGUUAACUAUGUGUAUGCAUAAUACAGUUUUGUCCCUAAGAAUGUUUAGUUUGCAUUACAGAAAACGUUUCAAGUCACAACUCCCACAAUGUUUAAUUUUUUUUUUCUCUCCUCUCAAAGGUGUGCCAGUCCGAAUGAUUAUUUUUUCAUGAAGUGUUUUACUUCAUUCAGGAUGUGUACCUGCCAUAUCCUUGGUAACCUGAAAGCUUUUUGAUCAUAAAAGAAACACAUCUUAUUGCAAAGGGGCAGCGUUUAUAAACUGCUCAUAAAAGCCGAGAAUGGUUUUAGCCAAAGAAUUCUGGUCACAAACUAUUGAUGAAAAUGAAUAAUUGACAUGGUUAAUCACUGGCCCUUAUGAAGAUUUACUCCCCAACUUAUCUACACAUUUUUUUAAAUAUUAAUCUGAAGGCUAAUAGGUUAAUAUGGAGUUUAUUAAAGAUGCUUGGACAGUGAUGAGAGUGUGCUAUUUUCAUAUUUAUCCAUGUAUCUUAUUAGCACUCUCCUUCAUGUGAUUUCACAAUAUUGCACAACACAUUUCUUCUUUCAAGAACUCUAAUCUUUCAAUACUAUCCACCCCCAUAUUUCCAAUUAUGUGUUUUAUUUGCCCUUUUAAGUAUACAGAAUGGAAUAUCAGAACUUAUUUGCAAACAUGGCUUCAAAUGCACCGCCUAGUUGAAAGGGCAGCUUUUAUCAUUCAUUCAUUUUUGUUUGUUUAUCAUAAUAACCAUGACAACUGGAUACCUGUGAAAGUGGAAUAUUCCUUUGGCAAUGAUGGGGGUCUUGUUGCAGUAACAUAUAAUUAGAUUUUAAAUGAAGGUAAAAACUUUUUUUUUCAAUUUUUGUAACUUUCAAAAUGCAUUGUAUUUUCACCCCGUUUUUUUUUUUUUUUUUGUUUUGUUUUUUUUUUGACCUCUGUCAAAUGUAACCUUCUGCUGUUGUUUUAAAUUUGCAGCCAAAUAGGCCAUUAAUUAUUAAUUCAAUAUAAAACAUGGCAGCAUUAUUCUUUUUUGAUACUUUUAGGACACAUUGACCUGCCAAACAUAUAAUAAUUUAUAAUGGAAUGUAAAUAAAAUGACAUCUGAAAUGUGUACUUUGUGUUUUAUAGGAAUGUGGAAGAGCUACUGUUUUACAAAUGACAAUGUGUUCUCUUUUCUACGUCAUGGUUUGUGAAUUUGAUUAUUAAAACUAAAUCUUGAGUUAAAUUCCAGUUAAUGGAUUUGAUAUAUAUUUAUAUAUAUUUUUUUUUAAUUUAUGCAGUGGGUUUUUCUGCUUAUCCACUUCAGCUGCAUUCUAGUAAGUAAACAAUUAUGGUCUGUUCCAUAUAAAAUCAAUUUGAUUUUUCAGUUAAACCAAUUUAAUAUAUUAGAGCCCUUAGAAGUGCUUUGCACCUUAACAAACACUUUGUCUUGAGAUUCAUACCACACAGUAUAGGUAUUCCUAAUGUUAAAAGGGACUUCCACAUUCUUUUUGUCGUCUUGUCCUCAUGUAUGUCUAGGGUCUACAUAUUUAAUAUGUGAAUUACUAACUUGCUGUAAAAAAUUUAUUUGAAACAAAUAAGAUUUUGUUUUCAGGACUGCAGACUGCUAAAGCAUUCUUGCAAGUUUCUAUGCCUUACAUGCACACUUAAUUAUAUUUUGACAUGUUCAUUACAAUGCUGUCUAGUUUGUUUAAUAAACUUUUUUUUAACUUAA